AUGCUGGAUGGCCAGCUAUUCUCCGAGGGGCCCGAUAGCCCCCGGGAGCUCCAGGAUGAGGAGUCUGGCAGCUGCCUCUGGGUGCAGAAAUCAAAGCUGCUGGUGAUCGAAGUGAAGACUAUUUCCUGUCAUUAUAGUCGCCGCGCCCCUCCUCGACAGCUCAUGGACUUCCAGGCCAGCCACUGGGCCCGCGGGCCCCAGAGCCGCACGUGUGGGCCGCGCCCGGGAUCCCCUGAGCCGCCGCCCCGCCGGCCCUGGGCCUCCAGGGUGCUGCAGGAGGCGACCAACUGGCGGGCGGGGCCCCCGGCCGAGGCCCGAGCCCGGGAGCAAGAGAAAAGGAAAGCGGCAUCGCAGGAGCGGGAGGCCAAGGAGACUGAGCGAAAAAGGCGCAAGGCUGGUGGGGCCCGAAGGAGUCCCCCUGGUCGGCCCCGCCCGGAGCCUCGGAACGUCCUUCGGGUGGCCCAGCCUGCAGGGCUCCCAGCUCCCUCAAGGCCGGAGCGCCUGGGGUCCGUGGGGCGACCGCCCCGUCCAUCCGCGCAGCCGCAGAGCAAUUCAGGGGCGGCGUGGGCGGGGCCCUGGGGAGGUCGGCGGCCAGGGCCCCCCAGCUACGAAGCUCACCUGCUGCUGAGAGGUGCUGCCGGAAUGGCCCCGCGACGCCGCUGGGACCGGCCGCCACCCUACGUGGCUCCACCCUCUUACGAAGGCCCCCACAGGACCCUGGGGACUAAGCGAGGACCCGAGCCCUCGCAGGCGCCCGCCUCUUCAACCUCUGCUCCGACCAGGACAGAGGGAGGGUGCACAAAGAAGAGGCUAGAUCCUCGGAUCUACCGAGACAUCCUAGGGGCCUGGGGUCUCCGUCAGGGCCGGGGUCUCCUGGGGGGAUCCCCAGGCUGUGGAACAGCCAGGCCAAGGCUGGAGUCCGGUAAGGUGGCCGCGGAGAGAAGCCUGAGGCUGGCUGCUGCUGGCCUGAAGAGUGGUAGCGACGGCCAUCCCCAAGCCAAAGCUGCUGGGAACCCAGGCACGGAGACAGUUCCUGCGGGGUCUGCACCUGCCACUCCCAGCCCCCCGCGUCCUGCUCCCAGGUCCAAGCCCCAUCCCAAGGGCUCCGGGGAAGGGAGAGAAUGGAGAGAACAGAGCUGGCUCCCCAAGUGCUGGAUGCCCUCCGUUAAAAAGCAGCUGCCCCGACAUAGCCAGACCCUCCCCAGACCCUGGGCUCCGGGAGGCACGGGAUGGAGGGAGUCCCUGGGUCAUAGAGAGGAGGCCGGACCCGAGACCUUGGAGGGUUGGAAGGCGACCCGCCGCCCCCACACCCUGCCCCGAAGUUCCCGUGGCCCGGCUCGUGGGGAAGGCGUCUUUGUCAUUGACGCCACUUGCGUGGUGAUACGGUCCCAGUAUGUUCCGACCCCUCGAACCCAGCAUGUGCAGCUUUUGCCCGCUGGGGUGCCGCGCCUUGUGGGGAAUGACCCCAACCAACUGAAGCCCAACAAGGAGGAGGGAGAGGGUGCCGCGGUCCUUCCCUCCCCUUGCCAAAAGCUGCUGUUGAGCAGUCGCCCUUCACAGCAGCCCGGUGGGGGACGUGGGCUCGAAGCUGAGGGCGGGAAGUCCGCGGACUCCUCGCUGGAGGAGCGCGCCUCCCGCAUCUUGGGGCUCCCGGUCGGCGAAGUAAACCUGCAGGAUGCCCCCACGGAGCCAGGUAGCCCAGAGCACUCAGCCUUAGGCCCAGCGGCCUCGGGAGGCGCGCGCCGUGCCGAGGGCUCGGAGGAAGUGGCUGCGGUCCCGCGGCGCGCAGGCCGGGGCUGGGCGCGGACCCCGGGGCCCUAUGCCGGGGCCCUGCGGGAAGCCGUGUCCCGCAUCCGCCGCCACACCGCCCCGGACUCCGACUCCGACGAAGCUGCGGAGCUCAGCGUCCAUAGCAGCUCUUCUGAUGGAAGCGACACAGAAGCCUCGGGCGCCUCCUGGCGGAACGAGCGGACCGGGCCCCCGGAAGGCGGGAAGGCAGCUGAGCUGAGCGACAAUAUCCGAGAGAUUCUAGAUGUCAUCAGCCGAACCGAGGAGGUCCUUUUCGGGGGCGAGGGACACUAA